AUGACGGACGAAAACUCGUGGAUUCAUAGGACUGUGCAGCAAUUGCGUCGCCAAUUCAGCAGCAAUCGCUCAGUAUCUGUCUACGAGGCAUUAACGGCUCACAUAGUAGAUGCCACAACAGGCGGUGCCUUGUUUCUAGGUGGCGUCUCAGCAGCGCAAGUGGUCCAGAACCUUCUCCGGAUCGGCUCAGCUUCGGGAUUCUUACUACCUCAAGCACUUGGUGCUGCUGCCGUCGCGUCGUCCUCUGUCCUGGCGUUGCACUUUGCUUUCAUCCCGAGGGAAAUCUAUCAAGAACUAGCGGCACAGAGCCGUCAAGCUAAUGAACACCGAAGCUGGAGCUGGCUCGUGCUCGGCGCUAAGAACCUCCAGCCGCCAAAGGCGUGGAAACAGGUGCAGUCCAAGGUAAAAGAGCGAUGGGAAGAUCUUCCACAAGCUCCGUAUCCGGUCUAUAUGGUAAUGGGGUUGCUGUGUUUCAAGUUACUGGGAGGACGUAUGAGUGCCCUGGCGCCCUCUCCUUUCGCCAAUCUUGGAGCUUAUCACCUCAAGAAGGCAUCGCUCCCGGCAACUGUUGAAUAUGCCACUAGUGUAGAAAGAGGAAUCAUCCAAGAGUUUGGACGGCUUUAUGGAUGUCAUACGUGCGGAAUCAAACGCGGCGUACGAUAUCAUGCAGACCACAUGCCGCCGAAACUGGUGGCCAAGCGCAGAGAUGAGCACCUCUUUCGAAGAAUACUGCGCUGGAAAACGACCUUCCGCUUUUACCCGCAGUGCGAGUCCUGCUCAAACCAACAGAGCAGCGUAGUGAAGCAAUGGAAGUCAACGCUAAAGAUGCACCUGCUGUCGUUCCGAGCAUACCAUGCUACUGGCCUGUGGCUGGUACUGUUGUGCACGGGUAGCCUGUAUGUUGGAGGCUCAAACUUUCAUGAGACGUCUGAGGUGUCUGCUCACAUGGAUGUAGCUAACGAGGCUCCCAGCUCCUUUACUUCAUCGGAUUUCGUAUUGUUGGUGUCACUACGUGAGAGGGAGCGUAAAUUACGCCGAGAGCAAAGAAGUCAGAGGAAUCCGAUUCAACUUGCUGCGAUCGAUAGAGAGUUGGAAGCAGUUGCGGAAUGCAAGAAGGCCGUCAAAGCUGACAUUAAACGGCAACAAGUCAAUUAA